AUGUCGCGCUUUAGCAUCCCCAUCGACGCCCUGACGUCCAGGAUGAACCUCUCAGGCCGUUUCGAUGGCCUGCGCUCCACCUCGGUCUCCUCGCGCUUCGCCAACCUGCGACCCAUCUCCGAGUUCUUCGACGUCAAGCGCGUCUCCAAGCCCGCCAACUUCAGCGAGGUCCAGAGCAGGGUCAAUUUCAACCUUGGCUACUUCUCGAGCAACUACGCCGCUGUCUUCGCCAUGCUCAGCGUCUAUAGCCUGCUGACGAACCUGCUGCUCCUCUUCGUCAUUGUCUUCGUCAUUGGUGGCAUGUUCGGUAUCGGGAAGCUCCAGGGCAACGAUCUUGAGCUCGGUAGCCAGCGCGCGACCACCUCCCAGCUCUACACUGCGCUUUUCGUCAUUGCCAUUCCUCUCGGCCUGUGGGCAUCUCCCUUCAGCACCGUCCUCUGGCUCAUUGGCGCUUCGGGUGUCACCAUCCUGGGCCACGCGUCCUUCCUGGACAAGCCAAUCGAGACAGCUUUUGCCGAGGAGGCGGUCUAG